UAUGUCGGCAACAUCGUAACGUUUUACGAGCGAUUUUUUUUGGGAAAACUGGAAAAUCAAAGCUCACUUUACUACGCUGAGGAUUUAAUAUCGAAAACAUACAAGAGGUCUAUCUUAGGUGUCCGGAUUUAGUGUUGCAUCGAGGCAAGUUCUUGGGAAUUGCUUGGUAAUCGUGCGUGAAUUUACGACAGGAGUGCAAGUUCCAUAAUCACAUGUGCUUGUUUUGAAUGUGCCUGCAGUAUUAUGGUGAAGGAGAAAAGUAAAGGACGUCGUGGUGGUUUUGCACCGACAGUGCAGCAAAUCAAUGCUGAUAUCUUAACACAAAUUGCAAAUACGUAUUGGGCUCCCCAUCAUAACCACCUCCCCUAUAAAUCCAAGGUCAUUGACAAGAUUUACGAGAAGGAUUUAUUGGGAAGCAGUUUUUCAAGUCAAAGGGUGAUGCUUCUGGAGUUUAGUCAAUACUUGGAAAAUUAUUUAUGGCCAAACUUUGAUGCAGAGAAGGCUUCGUCGGCUCAUGUGAUGUCUAUUGUUGUGAUUAUAAAUGAAAAGUUUCGAGAAAGUGUUCCACCAUGGGAGAUCUUCAAGUCAAAACCAGAACAAUUUCCUGGGUUUUUCAACCGUGUUCUGGAAACCAGUCUUCUUGAAGAAGAGACUGUUGGUAUCAAAGAAAAAAUUGUAAUACUACGCUUUCUCAUUCACUGCUUCAGUAGCUUGGAAAUGGAUGUAAUUCGUGAACAGAUCCAACAGCUUGUGUCGCUGCCGAUGUGGGCCUGCUUAUUACCUGGCCGUCUUCAGCAAGAGCUUAGAUCCAUCCCAAAGUACAGAAAAUUCUGGGCACAUUUAAAGAAGAAAGAUGCGAAAUGUGAUGAAAUUACUUUGAAAAAAUUGGAAAAUAAAAGACUUUAUCUUUCCAACCUGAUCAAGUCCUUCUUCAAGGUUUUGGAUUCAAUAAAAGAUCCUGAUUCAGUUGAUAAAGACAAGGUCAAUUUCUGUGAACGUUUUCUUGAGUUAUUAGUUGAUUUGGAGGCUUUGCUUCCAACCCGACGAUUCUUUAACACAGUCCUUGAUGAUGCGCAUAUUGUGGAGCACUGCAGUCUCUCGUACCUGGCCAAAGAACCAACCAUUGGAAAGUUAUUUACACAGUUGUUAGACAUGUUGAGGUUUUAUGCUGGCUUCGAGAUAAAUGAUGUCACAGGUUUGGCUCUUACUGAUCACGAGAUGGUUGACAUUCAUUACAACAAAAUAAUCUCUCUUCAGAGAGCGGCGUUUAAGAACUUCCCAGAACUGCAGAAUUUUGCUCUGAGCAAUGUCGCCAGCGUUGACACAAGAGAAGCAUUACUCAAGCAGUUUGAACCGUUGAAGGACGCUAAAUUGCACGAAAUAUGUGCAUACUUGAAUCUUCUUCCAACACCAGAGGAAGGCCAGAGUGGUUAUGAUAAAGAACUCUUGCUGGAGAUUUUGAUAUCUCGCCAUGAACGACGACUGUCUCAGAUAGAAGCUCUCAACGACAUGCCUCUCUACCCGACAGAACAGAUAUUAUGGGACGAGAAUAUUGUACCAUCACAGUAUUAUUCUGGUCAGGAAUGUCUGGCUUUACCAAAACUCAAUCUCCAGUUCCUAACUCUUCACGAUUACCUGCUCAGGAACCUCAAUUUAUUCCGACUUGAAUCGACGUACGAAAUUAGACAAGAUGUGGAAGAUGUUGCAAAGCACAUGAGACCUUGGUCUAACGAGCUUGGCCGCACAGAGUUUCGUGGUUGGGCGCGAAUGGGUUUGCCAAUAUCAAGUUUCACAGUUGUGGAGGUUGCGAAGCCAAAUCUUGGAGAGAAUCGGCCGUCUCGCGUACGAGCUGAUGUCACGAUUGAUCUGAAUGUUCGAAAAGAGAUCAAAGCGGAAUGGGAGGCGAUCAGAAAACACGAUGUUGUCUUCGUUGUCUGCUGUCGGCCUGCUAAAGUUACAGCAUCACUUGAUCCUAAUCAACCUUUCAAGGAAAAGUAUGGCAUUGAUUACGUACGCGGUGCAGAAGUUGAAGGAAUGCUUGAUGAACAAGGAAAAGUUAUUGAAGAAGGGCCUGAUCCCAAGCCUGAGUUCAAAGGAGAAAGUCGGACAUUCAGGCUGUGGUUAGACACAAAUCAAUACCAGCAAGACAUGGCUGCUACUGUUCAGGGAACUGAGGAUGUCUACGAAACAUUCAAUAUUCUCAUGAGACGAAAACCCAAAGAAAAUAACUUCAAGGCUGUGUUGGAAACGAUACGAGAUCUGAUGAAUACGGAAUGUAUUGUGCCAGAUUGGCUUCAUGAUAUUUUCCUUGGCUAUGACGAUCCCGGUGCUGCACAUUAUAGCAGAAUGCCAAAUCAAAUCCGAGAAUUAAACUUCAACGAUACGUUCCUAAACUUCGAGCAUUUAAAAGCCAGUUUCCCGCAGUAUUCAGUGAAGGCUUCAAUAGAAGAGCCAAGCCAGCUUGUUCCUCCAUUCAGGAUCACUUUUCCUGAAGAGUCUCAAGACGAAGAGAAGCGAGUUAAUUUACCAGAAAUUCUUGUGGAGCCUUUCGUGACGCUGAACAGAGGACCAUAUCCGUACAAUCAACCGAAACGAAAUGCAAUUCCUUUCACACCGACUCAAGUCGAAGCGAUUCGAGCGGGAAUGCAGCCUGGACUAACUAUGGUCGUGGGACCUCCUGGCACUGGAAAAACAGAUGUCGCCGUGCAAAUUAUUUCGAAUAUUUAUCAUAAUUUUCCUGAACAAAGAACUCUCAUUGUGACCCACUCUAACCAGGCGUUAAACCAACUUUUUGAAAAAAUCAUGGCGCUCGAUAUUGACGAGCGACAUUUACUUCGUCUUGGGCAUGGGGAAGAGGCGUUGGAAACGGAAAAAGAUUUCAGCAGGUAUGGUCGCGUCAACUUUGUAUUGGCAAAAAGACUGGAAUUACUCUCUGAAGUUCAACGACUACAGGAAAGUUUGGAUGUUCACGGAGAUGUAUCAUACACAUGUGAGACCGCAGGAUAUUUCUUUCUCUAUCAGGUUGUUGCUCGUUGGGAGGAAUACAACAGCAAGUUGCGGAAGAGGAAAAACGAAGUCGCUGCUAUUUCAGAGCUGUUUCCUUUUACAUCAUUCUUUUCCAAUGCUCCACAGCCUGUCUUCAAAAAGAAGAGCUGGACAGAGGAUAUGGAAUCUUCCCAGGGAUGUUAUCGUUAUAUAAAGAGAAUAUUUGAACAGUUGGAGGAGUUCCGGGCUUUUGAACUUUUGCGUAGUGGUGGCGAUAGGUCAAACUAUUUAUUGGUAAAAGAGGCUAAAAUAAUCGCCAUGACUUGCACUCACGCCGCGCUGAAACGACGAGAUCUUGUUCAACUCGGUUUUAAGUACGACAAUGUCUUGAUGGAAGAAUCAGCUCAAAUCUUGGAGAUUGAAACCUUCAUCCCGCUGUUGUUACAGACGCCUGAGGAUGGUUUUAAUCGACUGAAGAGAGUUAUUUUAAUCGGUGAUCAUCACCAGUUGCCCCCAGUUAUUAAGAACAUGGCUUUCCAGAAGUUUUCCAACAUGGAGCAGUCUUUGUUCACGAGAUUUGUCCGACUUGGUGUUCCGACUGUUGACCUUGACGCUCAGGGUCGAGCCAGACCAAGCCUGUGUAACUUGUAUAACUGGCGUUACAAGAAAUUGGGGAAUUUACAGCAUGUGCUCGCCUGGCCGGAAUAUUGCACAGCUAACCCAGGGUUUUUCUUCGACUUCCAACUCAUCAAUGUUGAGGAUUUCAACGGCGUAGGCGAGUCUGAACCCAACCCGUAUUUCUAUCAGAAUCUCGGGGAGGCGGAAUAUGCAGCCGCGAUAUUUAUGUACAUGAGAUUGCUUGGUUAUCCCGCAGAAAGGAUCGCCAUCUUAACGACGUACAACGGUCAGAAACAUCUCAUACGUGACGUAAUAAGAAAGAGAUGUGGAGAUAAUCCUGUGAUAGGGUGGCCAUCCAAGAUCACGACAGUAGAUCGCUACCAAGGGCAACAAAAUGAUUACAUCAUUCUUUCAUUAGUUCGUACGAAGACUAUCGGUCAUAUCCGAGAUGUGCGUCGGCUCGUCGUCGCGAUGUCUCGAGCCCGACUCGGACUAUAUAUUCUGGCGCGAGCCAGUCUAUUCAGGAAUUGCUUCGAGCUAACACCGGCAUUUGACCAGCUCACUUCAAGACCUCUUCAUCUACUCCUGGCGUUGAACGAACGAUAUCCUCCCACGAGACCGUACAACCAAGAUCCCGCGUUCAAGCCAUUCGCUGUUCAAGACAUGCCCCAUAUGCAUCGUAUUGUUUAUGAUAUGUACCAGAACAUUGUCGCUGAAAUGAACGCCAAACAACAGUACCAACAACAGUCAAGUUCAAUUCCACAGCCACCCCAGGACGAUGGUGAACCAAACAAUGACAUGGAUCAAUCUACCGAAGCUGACACCACACAACCGGAUCCUUCAAAACAGCCUGAGGACACCGAAAUGACGACGGAUGAAGCUCCUGGUUCACCCAUUGUGAAUGAAGUUGAACAAGUGACUUGAGGUGAGAAAUUUCAGGAUCCUCAGGAACUGACUGGUUGUUAAAAGGUUUUGACUCUUGCUGAAAUAGUCAGAAUCCAAUGAGCAAGUGUCAUGCCUACUUCAGACACAUGAAGACUACACACUUCAACUGCGGUAUUUUAGGACAUUAUCAAGAAACUGAGUUCAUGAGCUUGAUAUCAGCAUACUGAGCAUAGUCCAUCAAGGGAAUUUUCCAGAAAUUUGUCCAGUGCUUGGUGUGGACUUUUGUUUAUGCAAAGGUGCAAACGAGACAAUAGUUCUUGUACAAAGAGGUAAUUAUUGA